UGGCCUUCCAGACCUCGCCAUGGAGAGGCUGACAACUUAGUCGACCGCCUCACUGCCGGGUGCAUACUUGCUGUCUGGCUCCCCAAGACAACUCUACCUUGAGGCUGACUCAAUGUUUGAUUUUUAACAAAAUAAAAUAAGAAGAUCAUAAGAAAUGCAGAGUGAAUUGGUGCCAGUUAGCUUGUCCGAGGUAGAAAAUAUACCUUCCAUUUCAUCAGAUAAAACCACUGGCUGUACAUCUGGCUCAAAAGGCUCCACGAACUGUUUUUCUGGAGAUGAAGAGAGCAGCUUAGACAAAGAUUCUAAACUGCUUCCAUCAAAAAAAGAGAUGACUUCACUUAUGCUUCCUGAAGGUAAUCAAAUUGAAGCACAAAAGGAUUACUCACCAGAUCAUAGUGGAGUUGGAAAUUCUUAUGACAAAGCAGACAUGUAUGAAGAAAAAUCUCAGAGAAUAACUCAUUUUCCUGGUGGUGAUUUUGCAGAACAAAUAUCAAAGACAAAUGGAACGGAACAAACACUUACAGAAAUAUUGCAAGAAUUAAGGUCAUCUAAACUUACAGAAACAUCCAGUGAAAAGACUUAUUCAGAAAGUCCAUAUGAUACAGACUGCACCAAGAAACUUAUUUCAAGAAUACAAAAUGUUUCAGCACAGGAAGAUUUGUUGGAAGAAAUAGAAUCAGAGCUCUUAUCAGCAGAACUUUCAAAUGAACAUAGAGUACCCAAUGGAAUGAAAAAGGGUGAACGUGCUUUAGUUAUGUUUGAAAAAUGUGUACAAGAUAAAUAUCUGCAGCAGGAGCAUACUAUAAAGAAGUUAAUUAAAGAAAACAAGAAGCAUCAGGAACUUAUUUUAGAAAUUUGUUCAGAAAAAGACAACCUAAGAGAAGAACUAAAAAAACGAACAGAAACAGAGAGACAACAUAUAAACAUAAUUAAACAGUUAGAAACAAGAAUAGAGGAACUCAAUAAAGACAUUAACAUUUCCAAAGAAAAACUUGUAACGCAAGAUACUGCAGCCAAAAAUGCGAUUCAGCAAUUACAUAAAGAAAUGGCUUUUCGAAUGGAGCAGGCAAACAAGAAAUGUGAAGAGGCUCGACAAGAAAAAGAAACAAUGGUGAUGAAGUACGUCAGAGGUGAAAAGGAAUCUUUAGAUCUUAGAAAAGAAAAGGAGGGACUUGAGAGAAAACUCAGAGAUGCAAAUAAAGAAAUUGAGAAGCAUGUUAACAAAGUUAAACAGCUUUCUCAAGAAAAAGGAAGACUACACCAGCUCUAUGAAACGAAGGAAAGUGAUGCCACUAGAAUGAGCAGAGAAAUUGAGAAAUUGAAGGAAGAUAUCAACUCUCAUAUCAUCAAAGUAAAAUGGGCACAAAACAAAUUAAAGACAGAAACUGAUUCACACAAGGAAACCAAAGAUAAACUUAAAGAAACAACAAUAAAAUUAACUCAAUCCAAAGAAGAGGCAGAUCAAAUACGGAAAAAUUGUCAAGAAAUGAUAAAAGCAUAUCAAGAGUCAGAAGAAAUUAAAUCAAAUGAGCUAGAUGCAAAGCUCAAAGUCACAAAAGGAGAACUAGAAAAACAAAUGCAGGAAAAAUCUGAUCAGCUAGAGAUGCAUCAUGCCAAAAUAAAAGAACUAGAAGAUUUGAAGAGGACAUUUAAGGAGGGUAUGGAUGAGCUACGAACACUAAGAACAAAGGUGAAGUGUCUAGAAGAUGAACGAUUAAGAACAGAAGAUGAAUUAUCCAAAUAUAAAGAGAUUAUUAAUCGCCAAAAAGCUGAAAUUCAGAAUUUGUUGGAUAAAGUUAAAAUGGUAGAGCAGUUACAGGACCAGCUUCAAAGAGGUAAACAAGAAAUUGAAAACUUGUCUGAAGAAGUGGGAAGUCUGAAUUCUUUGAUUAAUGACCUACAGAAAGACAUUGAAGGCAGUAGAAAAAGAGAAUCUGAACUGUUGUUAUUUACAGAAAAAUUAACUAGUAAAAAUGCCCAACUUCAAUCCGAAUCCAAUUCUUUACAGUCACAAUUUGAUAAACUCUCCUGUAGUGCAAGUCAGUUACAGAGUCAUUGUGAACACAUGAGACAGACUAAUACUGAUUUGGAAAGUAGGUUACUUAAAGAAGAAGAACUUCGAAAGAAUGAAAGCCAUGCUUUGCAAGCUGAACUGACUUCUAGACAAACAGAAUUAAAAGCUUUAAAUACUCAAGUUGAAGAACUGAAAGAUGAAUUAGUUACCCAAAGACGUAAACAUGCUUCAAACCUCAAGGAUCUUACCAAGCAACUUCAGCAAGCACGAAGAAAAUUAGACCAGAUUGAGAAUGGUAGCUAUGAUAAAGAAGUCAGUAGCAUGGGGAGUCGUUCUAGUUCAUCAGGGUCCCUUAAUGCUCGGAGCAGUACAGAAGAUAGAUCACCAGAAAAUACUGGCUCCUCUGUGGCUGUGGAUAAUUUUCCAGAAGUGGACAAGACUAUGCUGAUUGAGAGGAUAGUAAGGCUGCAGAAAGCUCAUGCUCGGAAAAAUGAAAAGAUUGAAUUUAUGGAGGAUCAUAUAAAGCAACUGGUGGAAGAAAUUAGGAAAAAAACCAAAAUAAUUCAGAGUUAUAUCUUACGAGAAGAAGCAGGCACGCUGUCAUCAGAGGCAUCUGAUUUUAACAAGGUCCAUUUGAGUAGACGAGGAGGCAUCAUGGCAUCCUUGUAUACUUCCCAUCCGGCUGACAGUGGGCUGACUUUAGAACUUUCCUUGGAGAUCAACCGGAAAUUACAGGCUGUUUUGGAGGAUACAUUACUUAAAAAUAUCACUUUGAAGGAAAAUCUACAAACGCUAGGAACAGAAAUAGAACGUCUUAUUAAACACCAGCAUGAACUAGAACAGAGGAUGAAGCAAACGUAACAAAGCUCUUGCAUAGUAAACAGACAAAAGCUGCAGAAGGAGCAGGUGCUACAGACCUCGGUGGCAUUUUGAAGUUUUUCUUAUGAUCUGUGUGUCAAUCAGUGAAAGUGUGUUUUGCCUGUUUGAUACAAAUUUAAGUCAUAACGGAACUUUCUGGUAUGACCCAUCCUCGCUAUUCUCUGACCAUUUGAAUGAGUUACUGUGUGUACUGUAAGUAGCAUAAGCUUCAAGAUUUUAAUUGUUUGCACUGUGGAAUAUAACAUCUUAUUAACGAUGAAUUGGAAAAAAGUUUUAAUUUGCUAAUUGUCAUAUCAGAUGCUGAAGAAUACUACAAGGGCUUUCAAACACUAUUUUUCCAUCUCUCUUCCCAUUAACAUGCCUUACAUAUCAAAGGUGAUUCAACCUUUUAAAAAUAUGCAUGACAAGACAGGCAUUUAAAAGCAUUCGUUAAUAUGCACUUUCUUACUCUUAAAAUAAUCUGAACACAAAUAACUAUAAGACAUUAACUUUGGAAUUUUCAUUAGCCAUGUAUAGUAGGGUAUGCGUUUGGUUCUGUGACUUGAUUUUAAAAUUGAUAUUUGAAGUGGAAUGGAAAAGUUGGUUAAUGAUGUUUGUGUAGUAUCCUGAGAAAUGUUCAGACAUUCAUUCUUCUCAAUGUCUGGUUUGAUUGUUAAGCUUUUCCUACUAUUAGAUGCCUUCUUUAUAGCACCCAUGCCUGGUUCAUUGCAUUUAAAUGUUUCUCAUUUUCACACAUUUCUUUAGAUUGACAGUGAAAUGGUUUCCUAGAAUUCAUUUCCAUAAAACAGAUUCCCCAUAGUGUAGCUUGAGAAAAUUUUCAUUGACUUAAAUCCAAAUUUUAAAAUUGAACGAGUCGUUAGAACAGUAGACUACUUUAGAAGCUGUAAUACACAUAUGCUUCAUUAAUAUGAGAAAAAAUGCAAUAAUGUUUAAGAUUCAAGUUCCAAGGAAAAAACAGCAUUGAUAUGUUUUGUCAAGACUGUUUUAUUUGAAUACUAUCUUUUGCAUUGUUAAAUCCAUUUUAUACUGUAGAUUAUAACAUCACUCCUCAAAGAUUAUUAUAUUUUUAUUUAAAACUCACAAUCACCUAUGUGUAACCAAAGGAUUUUUAGAGCCAAAUGCAUAUACCUAUUGAGAGAUUUUACUAUAUUUAUUUAAAAUAUGCACUUAAUUUUUAUGAGCAGUAUCAAUAGUAAUUCUUAGAUAAAUUCCAUUAGGGCAGGGACCAUUUUUUAUUUAUCUCUGUAUUUUCCCCAAUGCCUAGUACGGUGCUUUGCACAUAAUAGGCAUUUAAUGUUCAGUUUGUUAAAUUUUUUCAUUUGUCAAGAUGCUACUUAAAUUCACCCUCAUCUAUUAGAUUUUUCAUGUGUGCAUUUGUGUUCAUAUAUUUUAGAUCAUUGUUUACUUUAAUGCAAUGCCUUGGCUAUUGUUCAGUGGUUGUAACUGUUAAAAUGAUUAGUUUUUGUUUAAUUUCAAAUUUUUUUAAAGGGGAAUGGAUCCUUGUAGUUUAUUGCCACUGGAAGUUUUUUGUUUGUUUUAAUCAAAUUGAACUCUAAAAGCUGGGUCCAUUACAGUACCAUCCCUCUCUAAUUUGUUUUAAAAUUCUAGUAUUAAUUUGACAGUGUUGCAAAAAGAAAUGCAAUAUUCAAAGGUUCAAUUUCUGUGGUGUGGUUUAUAUUUUCUGUAUAUUUAGUUCAUGUACUUAUCAUACCUACUCCCAUUUAGAAAUUCAAAAAAUUAAAUUCAAUGAAGAUUGUUUAUGUUAGUUGAGAAUUAGUAUUGAUAUACCAUUAUGUGUCUUAUUUUUCAUAUGUGUAAUUUAUGAAAGUAAAAAAUGAAUAACCAUAUAGGGUAAGUGCAAUCAUGUUUGCCUUUUUUUUAAUUUUCAUUAUUCUUUUAGGCCUUCAUUGACACUCCUAGUGACUACUUAUUGUAGCCAGAUUUUUAUUCCUGUGCAACCAAACCAUGCUUGGCUUGUCAUAUAGAUAUAUCUAUGAGAUACAAUUUUAGUUUUUCUCCAUAUAUGAAUCAAUAUUCAGGAGGCUAAGAUAAUUAUAUGUCCAUUAUGUGCUACGUAGAUAAGCUUUUAAAUUUCUACAUUUAUCAGAGAUGGAAAUUAAUUAGUCCAGUAUUUAUGUCUACAUAUGUCCAUUGGAGAAAUCUUUACCAAGAAGUUAGUUUUUGGAAGAAAGCCAUUAGAAAGUAUAUGUUAACCAUAUUCUUAUUUCUAAUAUAAGUGCAAGUAGAAAUCCUUUGAAGAAAAUAUUUUACUUUUUUUUUUUAAUGAUGUACACUACAGCCUUACAUAUCUGGAUAAGAACUGAACAAAGCCAGGGCAUACAAAAAUCCAGAUAACUCUAGCUAGAUAUUUGGCUGUAUAGAGGACAGUGGAUUUAUACCUUACCCCUGUGUAAGCAAGUACAGUAGGAUUUGUAUAGAUUGUUAUUAUUUUAAAUAUAUGGGAGAGGUCCAGGAGGGAAGGAGAGUCUAGACAUCUGGAAAAAUAACAUGUAUUGUAUGCUCUUUAGAAAAAUCAUAUUUAUUAAAGACCUAAUGCAUUGGUAUCUUCAGCUAGGUAUCAGUAUUUUAGGUUCUUUGGGUAGUAGGGAAUAGUGUACAUAUAUACAAGUUAUCAUAUCUUAAAAAGUAAGCACAAAGUAUUAAAUUAUUAACAAUUUUCCCAUAGUAAUUCAAUUCUUAAUCCCUCAGCCAGAGAAUUUAAAAUGAAGAUUUAGCAUCAGGGUAAAAGAGUGGGGUGGUUUUUGAAUGACUUCCCUAAUUAAGCAAUGUCUUUUUUUCAUGUGCCCUGUUUUCUAUACUGUACAAAUGUGAGGAAUAAGUUUCUAUUUCCUAAUUACAGAAUCCUGUGCAGUUUAGAAUUUUUUUGGUGUGUGCAUUUAUACACAUAGGUUUGUUUAUAGGAAUAUAUAUGCACAAAUAUAAUUAUUUGAAUAUCUCAUGAUUUUUAACCGUGGGUGGGUCAUCAACUAAUGAAUACAGUUCAUGCAAACAGCUUCAGGAUGUCCUACUUUUUGAAGUUAUUUCAAGGGUAAUUGUCAUACAACUCAAUUCUGUCAAGCUGAUCAAGCUAAGAGAUUGAUAUAGAAUAACCAAAGAUACUAAUUUAGUUUUAUAUUUUCAGAAAUUCACUUCUAAGGACAUCUGUUAUAAAUAACAUGGCCCUUUGUAACAGGUUAGGGAAAUGUUAAUCUAGGUGUAUAGUUGGAUGGCCUAAUGAUGCUUUGGGGAAAUUAUUAUUAUUUUUUUUUUUUUUUUGAGGAAUGCUUGUUGUUAUCAAAAUAGAUUGCUGUGGUUCUACAGAUUUUUUCAGCAUUAAGCAGAAUUUGAUACUUAUUUAUUUUUUCCUUUUAAAAAAACCUUAUAACAUAUGGCAUUAGCUUUCUAGUAAUGUUUUUAGAUUACUAAUGCCAACUGGUGUUGCUGACAAAUGCAUCUAAUUAUGUUGAAAUAUCAUGUCAGUUUCUUAAGCAAAAAAUUUUUUUUUCUUUUAUGAUAUGUUUAAAUUUCUUACUGAAAAAUUUUGCAUAUAAAUAUAAAGCUAGGUUUAACUACACAAAAUCUUUAGACUGUGUUAAUAUUUUAAAUACUCCGUGGCACCCUGGUGAAAAUCUUUCAUAGGUCAUCUUUUCAUUCACUGUGAUUUACUGUUCUUUGUGCUUACUGGCUCUAGUGACUUGAGUUUUUUUUUCCUCAAUAACUUUAAGAACAAAACUCUUUUGACACUUAACACUACUCUUUUAAAAAUCUUUAUUGCCAGUUGGUGGCACUAUUAACCAGAAUUUCAAAAGAGGUAAUUAAUUGAAAAUUUCUCCAAAUAUGAAGAUUUUUGAACAAAAUAAUUAAAUGAUGGUUAUAGCUAUAUAGUAAAGAUGUAUUUUUAUUCCAGAAUGAAAAGUUUUUUAAAAAUUUGUGUGUCCAUUGUCUGCAGUGGUGAAAUUUGUUUAUAUUUCUGAAUAUGUGUAUAGUCUCUUUGAUUUCAUUAAAAUAUUAAUUUUGUAGAUAUGAUUCUGUAUAAAUGAAGUUUUUCAAGAAGUCAUCACAAGUUCACGCUGUAUAUAUUGUAAUAUUAAAAAGAAAACAUCUGCUUCCAUGCUGUAAUUUAAUGGUAUCUCGACUCCUUCUUUACACUCACUCCUCUCUGAGGACUCUUUAGAACCUAUCUUCAAGGCCAGUUCACACUUCAGAAAAGUGAUUUUUUUUUUUUUUACCAUGCUUGAAAUAUUCUCCUAACUUACUUAGAAAUGCCAC